AUGGCCCAGAGGAAGGUCAUUGCCUUGACCCACAGCAGAGAAAAGGAUCCAAAGCCAAGGCAGUGGAGGAAGUUGAAAGCAAUAUACAGGUACCAGCCAGGUCGGCUCUUGGUCUUCUUCAGCCUCCUCAUCCUCCUCUUGAUCACGCUUCAAGUCAUGGAGAAGCUGCAGCCUGCCAAAGUCUCCCAGUGCGAGCUGGAGCAUGCCCUGCAGCAGACCACUGACCACGGCCAGAAGCGGCUCCGCUAUGCCCUCCAGACCCCCAACCCACUGUGGGAGGACAAUUCCCCACACUGGCAGAGGAAAGCUGUGCCAGACCCCACUUCAACUGAGAGCACGCAGGACAUUUUUCAAAUGCAUCUGUCCCUCAGCCAGGAGACCCCACCAGAAAACAGCCCAGGCAGCCAAAAGGAGCACCGGAUGUGGCAGCCUAUGGAGAAGACCAAAAAGGUGAAAGCCCAUCUUUCAUCCAUGAGGCUGAAAUCUGAGCUUCCUGGCCUAAGGAAAGCAACCAGAGUAGGUUCUUCUGUAAGUCCUCUUGGGAGAAUCUCCACAGUUUUGGGAGAUACUGAUGCUGUCACCAGCAAGUUCAUAAUCUUAGCAAGCAGGUUGACCACAGAGGAGCACAGAACAUCAUCACCAGGAACAGUGCAGGUGGUGGUACAGACCCCGUCUCAGCCUCAACCCAUGGGUUUUCCCCAGCAUCAGUGGGGCAGCUCACUUAAACACACCAUGCCAAAUUCAGCUCAACCUCCACAGGCAGAGGAUUUUUACAAGACAGACCUGGUGAGGGGAAUUUUCCCAAGUUGGACAGAAGUCUCUAAGGUUGAGGGGAUGACACCUGGAGAAGGCCAGCAGGCCAGAGGGGUCUCCUCUCAAGGGGAGACAUGUGAGCCCAAGACUGACAUUGUUUUCCUUAAAGUCCACAAGAGCGCCAGCAGCACUGUCAUGAACAUCCUCUUCCGCUUCGGUGACACACACAACCUCACCUUUGCCUUCCCUGUUAGGGGUGGCAACCAGCUCUCCUACCCGCGCCACUUCUUGGCGACAUUUGUGAAGGGAUUCUCCCCCAGGAGCCCUCAGCGGUUCAACAUCCUCUGCCACCACAUGCGAUUCUUGCAGCCAGAGGUGCAGAAAGUGGUGUCCAGCUCAGCCAUCUACUUCUCCAUCCUGAGGAACCCUGUGCAGCUCAUGGAGUCCUCCUUUGUGUACUACAAGAGCACAUCAGCUUUCUCCCGUGCCCACAGCCUGGAGGAGUUCCUCAGCCAGCCCUACUACUACUACAACCCUGCAGACAGUGACAGCCACUAUGCCAGGAACCUCAUGACAUUUGACUUUGGCUUCAAUCCCGACGCAGAGGUCUCAGCCGAGCGGGUACAACUCAUGCUAAAGGCCAUCGAGGCGUCCUUUGACUUGCUCCUUAUCUCUGAGUACUUUGAUGAGUCCAUGGUGCUACUGAAGGAGAUGCUGUGCUGGGACCUGGACAGUGUCAUCGCCUUCCCACUCAACACCAGGGACAACAGCACCAAGUCUGCCCUCUCAGACACCAUCAUGGAGAAGAUAAAGGCCUGGAACAGGCUGGACUGGGAAAUCUACACCCACUUCAACAGGACCUUCUGGGAAAGGAUCGACCGAGACAUUGGCAGGGAGCGCAUGCAACAGGAAGUAAAAGCGCUUCGGGAGAGGCAGGCAGAGCUGGCGAGGACCUGCCUGCAAGGGAUGGGCAGCGUAGCCCCAAAGGACAUCAAGGACUCUUCUCUGCGGCCACUGCAGCAUGGCAACGCAAAGAUCUUGGGCUAUAACCUCAACCAGGGCUUGGAUAAAGAGACAGAGAGCAUGUGCCGGCGGCUGGUGACCCCGGAGCUGCAGUACAGCAGCACUCUCUACAAGAAGCAGUUUGCCCAGAAGCAUCCCCAGGCCCACCAGCCCACUCCCUUUCAGCAGGGCAAGGCCCUGCAGCACAGGCUGGAGGGCAUGCAACACUGAGUGUCCUUGUCCCCUCCAGGCAUCGUUUUCCAACUGCCUUUUCUGAGGACAGCAAGGCUAUUGCCUCCUGGGCUCGGGGGCUGCUUCUGCCCAUGAGAGCCUG